AUGAAAAUAGAUGGCGAGUGCCCGAUCGAAUUGAUCGGGUCAUGUAGGAACAAGGUUCAAGUCUACCGGUCUGUUAGGAUGCCUCAGCUGCAUACAUCACUGCACUUCCACUUGACACCUAUCGUAAUGAUAAACGGCUCGUCUUGCCGUGACCUUCUCUUGAAUUCUCAAAACUUCUGUCGCUCCAUCCCCGCAGGGGCAGAGAACCAGUCGAUGUCUCGGCUGUGCUACCGGAGGCUCUGGGGAAGUCGGAAUAGGAGAGCACUCAUCUUGGGGUGGGCUUACUACUUAGAUGCUUUCAGCAGUUAUCCGCUCCGCACUUGGCUACCCAGCGUUUACCGUGGGCACGAUAACUGGUACACCAGAGGCCUUUUGAAACAUGCUACCGAGGCUUCUGAAUGCUAUACCAAUGAUAUACAAAGGUUGUACAUAGUUGUUAAUAAUAUUCAGAAUCUGAAGCAAGAAGGAAGUAUGGAGUCUUAUCUAGGACAUGUUCGUGCCCUCAUGCAAGAAUUUGAGGCACUUAUGCCAUUUGUCGACUCACGGGCUACGCAAACAGCCCAACGGGAGAAGUUCUUUAUGGUUGCUGCUCUUUCUGGUCUCAAACCAGAAUUUGAAUCUGCUAGGCAUCAAAUUCUUACGGGUUCUACUAUUCCUACCAUGAAGGAUACUUUUCGAAGAUUACUAAACAUGACGGGUACUAACAACACAACCCAGGGCCCAACUUCCACUCCUUCUGCUUUUCUUGCAAAUUUGAGCUCAACUUCUGCUCCAUCUCUCUUAGCUGCGGGCGCAAAGAAAGGAGGCAAUAAUAAACGCCCCACCUGUCAGUUUUGUGGAAGGCUUGGUCACAUUGAGGAUAAGUGUUGGAAGAAACAUGGCCGACCUGCUGCCCCACCAACUCAGCCGAAUCAGUCUACAUCUGGAUCCAUUCAUGCAAUUGCACUAACUCAGAUUGUCAAUAUGUCAACAUCUGAUUAUGAAGCUUUUCAGAGAUAUAAGGCAGCCCAACAGUCCAUCCAUACAGUCAUAGGUUCCUCUGGUACUCACUCAGCUUUUGUCACUCAAGGCAAGUCAAUGGGCCCGUGGAUUGUUGAUUCAGGUGCUACUGACCAUCUCUGUGGUAAUAAACAUCUUUUCUCUAAACUCACUUGUUCUGAUUCUUUGCCCCCAAUUAUGGUUGCUGAUGGUAAUAAGACAUCAGUCAACGGAGUUGGUUCUGCCCAACCUAUUUCUUCAUUGUCAUUGGAUUCGGUGUUAUAUGUUCCCAAAAGUCCUUUUAAUCUUGUAUCUGUCAGUAGAACCACUAAAAAGCAUUCAUGCUCAAUAACCUUCACUCCUGAUUCUGUUUUUAUACAGGACCUGAGCACGGGACGGAUGAUUGGGAAAGGGCAUGAGUCACAAGGUCACUAUUAUUUGGGUGGAUCUCGUGCUUCUAUUGCAGCUACUGCCAUGUCACCACAGUACCUACAUCACAUAUAUGGCCACCAUUCCCUAUCCAAGUUAAAGAGAAUCGUUCCGAGUUUAGCUUCAUUGGAGUCAUUAGAGUGUCGAGAUAAGUUAGCCUCUAAAGCGGUCAAGUGUGUCUUUCCUGGCUACUCCCAAUUACAAAAGGGUUACAAAUGUUACUCUCCUAGCCUUAACAAAUAUUUCAUGAACGCAGAUGUAACAUUUUUUGAUCAUCAACUUUAUUACUUUACUGAUCCACACGAUAAAUCUAGUGUUCAACAGGUCCUUCCGAUUCCUGUUUUCCUUAUUCCAUCAACUGAUCAUACUUCAAGUCCAGUUGUCGAUACCCCAACGUUGAAAACCUAUAAUCGUCGUCCUCGUCCUCCUAUACAUCCUUCUACUAAUACUGAUGGAGAGAUAGAUCCACCAAAUACAGGAACCUUUGACUCCUCCUCUUCGUCGGUUAGUCCACUAGCUCCGGUUCUGGGUGAUGAUGAUUUGCCCAUUGCUCAGCGGAAAGAUCUAGGCUUUAGGGUUUCUAAGAGCCGUCAAGGAUCGGUGGUGUUCAACGACAUAGAUAUGGGGUUUCAUGGUGUCAAAGAGAGUUGGUGGUGUUUAGUAACUGCGUCGGCGGCGGGUGGCUGUGGUGAAGGUUGUUCACUUAUGGUGCGUUGGCCAUGUCUUGCAGGAGGUGCACUCGGUGGCUCGCUGAUAGUGGUACUGGCUGAAGAUGGUGGCGACGAUAGAGGGAACCUCUUAGUGUUUGUAGAAAGUGUGGUGAAAGACUUUAGGAAGAUAGACAGUAGGACAUCAGACAUUUUAGAGGUGGAGGAAUAG